GCUACAUUGAUGAUAUUAACUUUUUUUGUCGUGCAAUUUUUCGGUGCACUUUGUCACAACCUAAGCUCUUCGUGUGUAUUUAAUUCAAAUCAGUCAAUUGGCAAAUCAGCCAGCCGUUCGAAAGCUCACACUUCAGAGCGAAUGUUUUACAACGCAGUGAGGUGAUGAUGAGUGAUGGUCGAAGCAAAAAUCGGAAUUGCUUUCAAACAACAAAUUAAACGCGUUUGUUUGUUACAUGUUAAUGAACCUUCUCAGUGUGUUUGUUUUGGUCAAGUCAAAUAGCACAAUAGAAAUGGCUGACAGCUUUGACCUGAUGCAAAGUUGACAUUCUGUAAUACAUUUUCUUGCGGCCAGCAACCAAUUUAGCGUAUAAUAUUUUCUUCUACGGAGACCUAUUGGGAUAUAAUUUGAACAGAGGCCUGAAUUGAUAUGGAUCCAGCACGCGCUGAAUUAGAUGUCCCUGCUGGAGGUAAUAUAAAAGUUGUCGAGGAUGACAGAAACUGGAACAAACGACUCCGUCUCAGGAAAGCUGCCGUUCAGCCCCCAGCCAUGCAAAGUAAAGAUAAGCAUGAGCCAAAGAAGAUAACAGAGGACAUGGAGAAAAGCACAGAGCAGACGUAUUUGAAGAAGACGCCCCUUAAAGUUCAAGAGGGUCAACAUGUGACAAAGGUUUCUGGAAAUAUACUUGGGUUUAGAUGCUCUGAAUGCAAGGACAGCACAGUAUUCAGCCCUAAUGACUUACUGGGGCACUUUCAGGAGACUCACCCAGGAAGCCAACCAAUUUUUCCUUGUGACAUGUGCAGUUUUAUUACACAUGAAUUCUCCCACCUUAAAGUCCACCAAUUAGGCCACAGAGACACUUUUGUCAGCUGCAACAUAUGCAAUGACAAUGUCCAGCACACCCUCUUGCAGCUCACCACACAUUUAAGCAUGCACCACAGCUUGAACGGCCACUACUGUUGUGAGAAGUGCAAGUUCUCCACAAGAGAUGUAGGAGCAUUUUUGGAGCACCUGUAUCUACAUAACAUUGCGCCGCAAGCAGGUUCUGCUGACCAGGAUUUGAUGAGACAUCUCAUGGCCAAAACAGCACAAUUCCGCUUCAGUUGCCAGUUCUGUGACUAUAAAUCUCAUCGAAAAUAUAUCAUCACAAGGCACAUGGCCACCAUUCAUGGUGAAGAGAAGAGCCAGAAAAACAAGCCGAAAAUUAAAGAUGUUGGUCCUAAAACAGUAGAUAACUCAUCUCCAAGACUGAAGCACACAGUGACGAGUACAGUGAGGGAAAAUAACUGGAUGUCACAAGGCUGUCUUUCUCUGCCGGGGGAAGGAUUCCUGGAUAAAUAUUGCAGAUUGUCAAAUCCAGAGAGGGCUUUGGAGGAGACGAAGCAAUUUUUAGAGAAGUCUGUGGCUGCUGAAACAGGUGGGCAGACAUGGAACGAAGCUCUUAAGACUGUACUUUCAAAUGUGCCCCAAGCCAUCACUUCCUUUUCAAACUCAGAAAACUGCAUGAUAUCCAAUCCUGGAUUCACAAACACAGACAAAGACCUCACUGUCCUCAUGCUCAAAAACAAGAUUUCAGUUCCUCCGGAUGUCACUACUGAAGCCAUUGGUUUCAAAAUGGUGGAAGGCAAAAAACAUUUGGUUCUCAAGGUUACACCAGCAGCAAAGCAAGAGACCUCUGACACAACAAAGACGUCAUUGUGUGUCACUGAGCAGGAAUCGGAGAAGAUUGCUUGUCAAACUAGUGCUGGGGACUCCAAUGCAAACGGAUACCAAUCAAAUUCAACUAUCCCCCCAAAGACCAGGCCACCCAGUUGUCCAGAAUCAUUCUCGAUACAAAAUGAUAUUGACACUAUUUCAACCCUAAAGUUAGUGAAAUAUGAUCAAACUCAAGAAAAUAGAGAGAACCAGGAAACAAGGGUUGGCCAGGAACACCUGAGACAUGACGCAGAACCCAAAGAUGUGAAUCACUGUGAAGAUACGGCAGAGGACAUGAAAGUGCCGAAGUUGACAGUGGAGAAAAGUGAGAAAAAGCUAAAAUCCUUUCCUGAAGCUCUGUGCUCUUCCAAGACUAUGUGGGAUAAAAAAAGGUGGAGAACGAAAGUGGUCAGCCCUAAAACUGUAGAGAAAAAAUCAUCACCAGCAUUAAAGCUCCUCCUGAAGAAGAACCCAGUUAAGGAAAUGCAGUGGAUGUCACAAGGUCCUCUUCCCCUGUUAGGAGGAGGUUUGCUGAGCAAUUCCCACAGACUUGAGCACCCACAGAAAACUUUGGAGGAGACGCAGAAAUUUCUUAAAAGAGCACUGUCAACGGAAAAUGGCAAAAAGAAACAUACCAAGUCCAAAGUGGUCACACAGUCGUCAAAGUCAGAGGGAGACUUUAUUCCAAACCUUGGACAUUUCAGCCCCAGAGUUAACAACCUUGGUGCCCUCAUGGUAAAAAAUAAGAUUUUAGUUCCUCCCAAUUGCACUACAGAGGCCAUGGGUUUCAAAAUGGUGGACGGCAAAAAGCAUUUGGUUCUUAAGGUUACACAAUCAGACAAAACAGAGACAUCCUUGCAUUCUGUUGAGACAAAGGAAGACAACACUCUAUCUGAAAGUUGCACUAUGAGCCAGAACAGUUUAGUUGUUUUCGAGAAAAGUCAGCCAAGUUCUAAAAUCCCUCCAAGCACCAUAACAAAGAGUAACCUAGAAUAUCAUUUUGAAAAUGUGGAGCUUCCAAACACUAAUGUCAGUUCUGAAAACAGAGAAGGAAUGAACAAUGGCAUGGAUUCUCAUGUCCUAGGUGGCCAACAUUGUCCAAGGGUAGGCCUACCUCAUGUAUCUAAUGGAGCCAAAUCAGAUGGAAAUUAUUUGGACCAGAUAACGGAAGAUAAGCCUGACCUGGAAGGGGUUGGAACUACAGAAACUCAGGUCCUCAUGGUGUCUUCCUCCCCUAUACUCAAUUACCUUACUUCCCCACAAGGUAUAACAAACUGGUCAGAGAUUCCAGUCCACACUCCAGAUGUUUAUUCUCAGGACUUCCCUCCCAAUACCACACUAAGAGAUGGAGGAAAACAGGAGGUAUUUGACAGGAUUUGCCUCUCACCACAGCAAAACAAACAGACAGUCAGAGGAAAGAGGCAGAGCGAACUGUCCACAGAGGACUCCCUUGAGCCCCUCUCAAAAGCCAAUAAACCCUCCAGCAAAGUUGUGGAAGAAAAAGAGGCUUCACCAGCAGCGGCGCAUCACUGGGAGCCAGGCCCUAGAGAUGUGGAGAGGACCCUGAAGCUAUUGCCAUUAAGUCCCACUCAACUCAUUACACGUCCAAGGGGAGACCAGCCUGUUGUAGUGCUAAAUCACCCAGACACAGACAUUCCCGAGGUUACAAAUAUCAUGGAAACAGUCCACAGGUACAAAGGGGAGGUCCAAAAAGUUUUGUUGUCUCGAAAAACAUUGAAGGCCUUUGCAGGCAUGGGUUGUAAUAUGUUUAGGGCAAAUGCCCCAACGAAUGCCUCUGUCUUUCAUCAACGUAUGUGGCCUGAGAGCAGAGUGAAAGAGAGAUUCAUCUUGAAAUUGAAGCUGAAAAAGAUGAGCAGAAAGAAGUACAAAGUGGUGAAUGCAAUCUCUCACAGCACUGAGCCUCCAUUACGAUUUAGCUGCUGGUUUUGUGGCCGAGUCUUCAGUGAUCAGGAGGUCUGGAUUGGACAUGGCCAGCGCCAUCUGAUGGAAUCUACUAAAGAGUGGGAUAAGCUGAAAUGUGAAAAGUCAUAAUGCAAUCUACACUGGAUUCAAAGUUGAGAAAGGUGCUCCUACACAAAAGCAAUGGACAGAAAAUAUGAAAUUAAUUUCACUGUCUUAUUAGAGAAUAAUGUUGAUAAUGAUGACAAAAUAAUAGUGUACAAAAUCUAUGUAACAACAUGAGUUCUUUGAAAAUACAGGGCUCUAACACUCAGGUAAAAUUUGCAUUAUUUUUUAUGUUAAUUUUUUUCAUUUGCUCAUAUCUAAGUAUUUAAUUUGAAACCUACUUAUGUUUCAGUGCUACCAUCGUUUUAGAUAGGAUGCAAUCUAUUUGUUGUUUCAGUUAUGUCUAACCAACAUGCAAUGCUAUACAAGUUGAUGUAAGUACAUUGUCAUAGGGACUCUUUCACAGAACACUGUAAUAAGGACACGAAUGAGCCAUAUUCCUAAAGCUCUAAACAUGAACAUAUAACAUUAUACAGGUAUGUAUAGUGUGUGUCAUAUGAUUAUAGUUUUUGGAGGGGAUGGCAGGUUUCCUAUGUUACUAGGCUUUAUCAACAUUUAUUGAAAAGCUAUAUUAUUUGACAUUUUAUUUCAGAUUUUCAGAUGUACAUUGUGUUUUAUCCCCCCCCCCACACACACACACACACACAAUCCCUGUUAAGGCCCAUAGAAAAUAGGGAAUGUUUUUGUUUGAAUGCAUACAGUACAGUAUGUACCAAAAAUAUUAAUGGUUUUGAAUAUAGUAGUAUCCAUAUGUGGGGCACAUUUUGUUAAGUUAGUCCUGCACUAGUAGCAGGAGUAGUCCAAAGUAUUCACCUUUUUAUAAUUUAACGAAAUCCAUAGUAUGUUAUAGGAUGACUGAUGGCAUGUCUGCAUAUAGCCUAACAAUGCUGGUUUUACAUGCAAAAUAUUGUUUUUCUGAAAGAAAUUCCUAUUGUGACUUGAAAUUCUUAUGUUUUUUAAUAGGAUUAUGAACAGACAGUGACUAUUUCUUCCCAUUAUCUCACUUUAUGAAGCUUAUGACAAUAUUGAUAUGCAUGUUACUGUAUGUUUCCUUAUGUUCUGAAAGUGUCCAUGGAAAGGAAUACUUUUAGUUAGUCAGCACAGGACCAUUGGUCAAAUGGACCCAAAUCAUAAAUACACAUAGCACAUCUUUCUGACCAUACCCUUUCUGCUUGCACACGUCAGCAUUAGUCAUCCACCAUGUAUUUCUGCAUUUAAACAGAUACUUGUCAAAGUGUCUCUCCACAUCACAAUCACAGUGCAUCAUUGUAAUGGUGCGUAUGUUCAGCAGCCCCUCUAGGCAUAUCUUUCUCUCUCUCUCUCUCUCUCUGGCAUGGAUGAAUUUAUAGGACUACCUGGUUUGGAAUAGUAGUCAGGGAAAGAGGUACAAUUUUGACUUAAGAAAUAUUUGUUUUUCUCCAAGUGCCUGACCUUUACACAAUGAAUAUGUAUUUAUCUUGAUACACACCUGGUAGCAUUAUGUGUUGUACAGAUCAAUAAAUACAAAUAGUUUGACAA